CAGUGCAUGCUGGGUAACAGCAGCUGCCACUUCUCUCCGUCAUGGCGUCCCGUGUCCUGCGCCAGUGCGUCCGCUCGCUCGCCCGGCCCUCGCUGAGGCUUCUCACCGCCAACCCGACGGUGAGAGCCGCUCCAGCCCCUCUAGCCGCAGCCGUCCGACCUUUCUCCUUUGCCGCAGACAGCCGGAGGACGCGGUGGCUCGGACAGAGCCCGAUCUUAUCAGGUGUCUUGUGCCGACAAUACGGGGACCUGCCCCCCCUCACGCUAGAGACCAUCAAAGAUCGUGUCAUGUACGUGCUCAAGCUCUACGACAAGAUCAACCCCGAGAGUCUGCAAGCAUCCUCCCACUUUAUGAAAGACCUGGGUCUGGACAGCUUGGACCAGGUGGAGAUCAUUAUGGCCAUGGAGGAUGAGUUUGGCUUUGAGAUUCCCGAUGCAGAAGCAGAGAAGCUGAUGACUCCAUCGGAGAUCGUACAGUACAUCGCAGACAAGAAGGAUGUUUAUGAAUAAUCUGUUCUACAAGAGUGUGACCAAUCGGACACCAAAUAUCUUCACUGCUUCAGUGUUUGGCGCAUCAAUGUUCCAGCUGUAUGUCAUCCUACCCUCACGGUGUAUCAUUUAGUCAGUUGAUCAAUAAAAAAAACAUACAACAUACAUUUUGUCACUAUGGAUGUCGCUGCAGCAAAAAAAAUAAGUUGACUCUCUUGGGGAGAAGUCCGUUGGCAUUGACCUUCUGGGGGGGGGAAAUCAGCUCUGUCAUCAACGGUUGACCAUAGUUCUUUGCUAACAGUAAGGCCUCAAGUCUGAACUGUAAACAUAAAACACAUUUUUAAUAGUUUUUACAUGUGUAAAACAAUUUUAAGCGCAUAGAAAUGAACAUUUUAAGGUUAUUUACCGUCACUGAAGAUGUGAUUGCUGCAGGGAAAUCAGACACCACCUUUUUGUUUUGCCAUGAGUCGUGUCUCGAAUUCAAUAGUUUUUCCUCAUCUUUAUUAAAAUGCUGGCACUUGCAAAUUUCUUAGGCUCCAUUUCGCAGCAGUGAUCAAAGUAAGAGUUGAGGUGAGAAACACUAUUGAAGAAAUAACUCCUGGCAAAACAGGAAGGCGGUGUCCGUGUUGAGCUCGUUUUCAACAAUCACGUCAGUGAAGGUAAAAAGGACCUUAAAUGUUCAUUUAUGCCUUUCAUUUAUAUGCAAAAACAUGUUUUCUGGAACAGGUUAAGUGAAUUGACAUUUCUACAUUAGGAGGGCUAGUUAGCUAUGCUAAUUUGUGCUUAACUGCUGUUUUGCUGCCAUGUUACAAAUAAAAGCCUGCCUGAGAUGACACAUUCCAA